CCCGUGGCGCUGGGCCAGGCCUUCCCCGGGGCCGAGGUGCGCCUCUCAGCCUUCCACGUGUGCAAGCACCUGCAGGAGCAGAUCCAGCGGCUGGGCCUGGAGCGCCGGGCCGAGCAGCUGCUCCUCAGCACCCUGCACGGCACCAUGUGCAGGGCCACGGAGAGCAAACGGAGGGAGAUGCACCGCGUCCUGAGUGAGACGGUACCGCCGGACCUGCUGCCGCGCCUCCACGCUCACUGGCUGCUCACCAAUAAGAUCUGGGCCACGCACGGGGACAGAAGCUGCAAGAAGAGCUCUGACUAUUUUAUGGAGCUGGAGACAGUCACUCAGGGCUUAAGCCAGGUUUUCAGUGCUGAGCUCUUCCUGGAAACUUGCAUUGCCUCGUUUGCAAAGUACUACCAGAAAUGUGUUUCUGAGAGCCCUCCCAGUAACACUGUGUGCUCCGCUGCCUGUCCUGAUCACCGUGCAGCUUCCCAAACCCCACCCACCUCGAAUUCCCCCCUCCAGCCCCUGGAUGGCUGUCAGGAUCAGUCAUCCCAGUGCUCUGUCCCGGACUUUCCCAUGGCAACCGCAGCAGCUCCUCAACUCCCAAUGGCCCUCCGCAGCCAGCCUGCACCUCCCCAGCCUCUCCUCCAGAGUGGGUCCGUGAGCACUUGCUCCUUGUACAUUCCUUCAUCUCCUGCAAUUAAAGAGGAGGCUACAGAAUAUCCAGAGGGGGACAGCGAUGAGGGGAUGAACCAAAGGGCUGAAGAACGUAUCGUGCAAUCUUUGUCUGAUAUUUGCACGGAGUUUGCUGCCAGGCUGUGCCUGAGCGAGCUUGCAGUGGUUCAGAAAUCUGUGCAGCUGAUAGGCACCAGCACAGAUGCUGUCAACGUACAGAUCCUUGAAGAUGCUCACAAAGUGACUCAGGAAGGGCUGUGCCACUGUACAUGCCACUUCAACCAGACGUUCCAGUUGCCCUGCCGGCACAUCCAGGCUGUGCUGAACUCGGAGAGAAAGACCUUGCAGCCUGAGAUGCUGGGGAGGCAGUGGCAGAAGGGACGUGACGUCAUCAUCAAGAGCGUGCGAGGCAGUGCUGACCACCUUCUGGAGGACCUGGAGAGCCCUUGGGAUGAGUCUCGAGACAAAUUCCUGGCUGUGUCCUCACUCACAGAAGAGAUCAGCCAGCUCCUCACCUGUUGUAGCACAGAGGAGUUUGAGCUCCGGUGCAGCACCCUGCGAGCGCUGGCUGACAGCUGGAUCGGGCCCUACAUGCAGGUGAAACUCUAGUGUGGGACAGUGAGGCUGGCACUGCUUGCAGCUCUGCUGCAUCCCUCCUGCUUUCAUUGCUCUCUUUAUUCAGACUGUACCCCACAGGAGUUAGGGGCUGGCUGGGCCGCUUCAUGAGUGAGCAUCCACUCCUGCAUGGGGGAGCUGUGGAGCUGGUUUACAAAUUCCCAACUGAACUGUAAUGGGUAACAAGCUGCUGACCUAACAAGCAGGAAAUGCAUGGGGUGAGCUGAGGGUGGUGUGGGGUAGGAAGUGAUAGUUUAAUAAUGUGAUAAAAUUAUUUGAUCUUUGGCCAGCACCUUCAGGUCCUUCCAGCGUCCGGCUGUGAGGGUAUUGUGCAACAAAGCCAAUAAAUGGGCCUUUGUCACUUUGGA